AUGGUGAAAGAAAAGAAAAAAGCGGAUAAAAAGGGGGACAAGUCUGCCCGUUCUCCCUCGUCUCCCUCCGAUUAUUCAGAGUUUGCCAAACAAGAUGGCAACACCGCAAGGCAAGACGCGUCCCCGAGCACCGCGCCGCCACUGGACGUGCAGCUCAAGGACCCGGGAGUCAAGAGACAGGUCAAAAGCGACAGUCUGCCGAAUGAAGAUACCACCCAGUAUGAAGAGCCCGUUCUGACCAAACUCAUAGUAGAAAGCUAUGAAGGGGAAAAAGUCCGUGGACUGUAUGAGGGAGAAGGGUUUGCCAUCUUCCAAGGAGGCUGUACCUACCAGGGCAUGUUCUCCGAAGGACUCAUGCACGGACAGGGGACUUACAUCUGGGCUGAUGGACUGAAAUACGAGGGCGACUUUGUGAAGAACAUCCCCAUGAACCACGGCGUCUUCACGUGGCCAGAUGGCAGCACCUAUGAAGGAGAAGUGGUCAACGGCAAGAGGCACGGAUUCGGCAUGUUCAAGUGCAGCACGCAGCCCGUGUCCUACAUCGGCCACUGGUGCCACGGCAAGAGGCAUGGAAAGGGCUCCAUUUAUUAUAAUCAAGAGGGCACCUCUUGGUAUGAAGGAGACUGGAUACACAACGUCAGAGAGGGCUGGGGGAUCAGAUGUUACAAGUCCGGGAACAUAUACGAGGGUCAGUGGGAGAACAACAUGCGCCACGGGGAAGGCAGGAUGAGGUGGCUGACGACUAACGAGGAGUACACCGGUCAGUGGGAGCACGGCGUCCAGAACGGCCUUGGCACACACACAUGGUUUCUAAAGAGAAUCCCCUACUCCCAGUAUCCUUUGAGAAAUGAAUAUGUAGGAGACUUUGUGAACGGAUACCGCCAUGGCCAUGGAAAGUUCUACUAUGCCAGCGGGGCCACGUACGAGGGAGAAUGGGUCUCCAAUAAAAAGCACGGCAUAGGUCGACUAACCUUCAAGAAUGGGCGUGUGUAUGAUGGCCCAUUUUCCAAGGAUCACAUAGCGCAGUUUCCGAAUCUGGAAGGGGAAGUGAUGAGCUACCUGGACUCGACUUCAGAAUCUGCCCUCGGGAGCCAGUGGUGCAAGCCCUCCAUCAGUGCCGAAAUCAUGAGAAAGCUUGAUGGCAAUGAAAGUAAUUCCCUGUUAGGCUCAAGCCUUGAGCUGGAUCUCAGUUUAUUGCUGAAAAUCUACCCUGAGAGAGACCAGUCAGAAGAAAAGCAGCAGGUAGAAUAUGCUAUCUUAAGAAACAUUACGGAAUUAAGAAGAAUCUACAACUUCUAUAGCAGCCUGGGCUGUGACCGUUCCCUGGAUAAUACCUUUCUGAUGACAAAACUUCACUUCUGGAGGUUUCUCAAAGACUGCAAGUUCCAUCACCAUAACAUAACCCUUGCUGAUAUGGACAGGGUGCUCGGUGCCAAUAACGACAUACCAGUGGAAGAAAUUCACUCUCCAUUUACAACAUUACUUUUGAGGACAUUUUUGAAUUACCUCCUGCAGCUGGCUUACCACAUUCAUCACAAAGAAUACCAAGACCGAAGCCCAUCGCUCUUCCUGUGUUUUAAAAAACUGAUGAAUGAGAACAUUCUCCCCAAUGCCUGCCAUGUAAAAGGCCAUUUAUUCUGUGAGGCCCAGCGGACCCUCUAUUCAAUGACUUACGUGGACAAGUGCUGGGAGAUCUACACAGCGCACUGCAGACCAAACACGGCCCCUCCCCACGAGCUCACCAUGAACAUGAGACACUUCCUCUGGAUGUUGAGGAGCUUUAAGAUGAUAAAUAAAGAAUUGACAGCAACCAAGUUUGUGGAGGUCAUAGCAGAGGAUAAUCCUUCCAUGUAUGAUGGAAUCGACAGUAACUUUGAACUUGAGCUGGUUUUCCUGGAGUUCUUUGAAGCUCUAUUGGGCUUCGCCCUCAUCUCUGUUCCUGAGCCAGCAACUAAAUUCUGUUCAGAUUUCCCAAACGAUGACCUGUCUGUUAACAAAGCUGGAAGCACUUACCCAGUGACAGCUCAGAACACCCAGAACAGGAGUCCAAGCGCACUAACAAGCCAGGAGUCCGACAUUCAGUUCAGCAGCACCAAGUCAUCUUCGAGCAAGCUGGGAGUCCUGCUCGACAUGAGCAAGAUAAGGAAGUCAGAGCCCCACAUCAAGAAAUCUCUAAGUGACGGAAGAAUUUCCAAAGUGAAUUUUAAAUCUGCAGGAAAAGGGCUGACCUUCCUUUUAUCUCAAAAUGGGAAAAAAGAAAAAUCCAAGGAUGAACAAAAGGAAAAAUUCAACACAUGGAUCAGUAAUAUGUACGUCUUUUUUGUGAACACUCUCUUCCAAGCACAUAAACAUGAAGAAACCGUCAAGGAGAAAGUAAAGGAAAAUAGGCUAUAUAACGAAGCAAUGGCCCUUCAGAGGAAGAUGGAAAACGAGGAGCUGGAAGCAAGGCUAAACAGCUUGAGAGAGGAAGAGGCCAAAAGACAAGACUAUGAGGUGGACAUCACCGUGAUCAAGGAACCGGUGGACGCCCCCUCCUCGAAUUUCACACCGAGCCCCCCAAAAGAGGACACAGUGGUGUCCAGCAAGUCCAUGACAAGCAAGAAAAAGAAAAAGUAGACAUCACUGUGUUUGUAAACGAGCCACAAGAACAGGCAGGUGUGAAAGGAGGACACCUCGUCUUAAGUGUUUCUUGAAAACUGGGGUUUGGGCCCACUGGGUUGAGGGUUUCUUAUGUGGUUGGGUCACCAAAAGGCCUAUGUUUUGACAGCUGAGCUGAAUGAAAAUACACACAUGGGGUAUUGAGUGAGCAUGUAU